AUGGCCGCUACCACCUUGUCCAACUCCUUCUCAGCCGGAGAUAAUUCCACGGCGAUCAUAAUCCCGUCUAAGCCCUAUCCUCUGGUCGUAUCCUACAAGCAACUUUCCGCCGAAAUUCUCUCAUUCCAGGAGAAGCUCGCAAAGCUCGGCGUCACUCCCCAAGCCGCCGUCUCAAUAGCCCUCCCAAACACGUACGAAUUUAUCGUUGCUUUUCUGGCUAGCGCAUGGCAAAGAGGUAUCGCCGCCCCUCUAAAUUCAGCAUACAGGCAAGAGGAAUUCGAAUUUUACAUUGACGACCUGAAAUCGGCCGUUGCGCUUGUGCCAAAGGGCUCAUAUGCCAAAGAUGGGGCUGCUGUACGAGCAGCGAGGAGAUAUAGUGCUGCUGUUGCAGAAUGCUAUUGGAAUGGCUCUGAGGUAGUCUUGGAUGUAAAGGAAGAGGGAAAGCUCAAGGGGAAGGGGAAUCAGAAAGUCGAGACGGCCCGGCCAGACGAUAUCGCCCUGGUUCUCCAUACCAGCGGUACUACGGGCAGACCAAAGGCCGUGCCAUUGACACACAAAAACCUGACCCGGACGAUGAAGAACAUCAAAGCCACAUACGACCUUACGCCAGCUGACAGAACCAUGCUCGUCAUGCCUCUCUUCCACGUUCAUGGCUUGCUGGCUGGCUUCCUCGCCCCCCUCUUCAGCGGCGGCUCCGUCGUCGUGCCCCCAAAGUUCUCAGCAUCAGAAUUCUGGGAUGAGUUCAUCGCCCACGGCGCGAAUUGGUACACUGCUGUGCCCACCAUUCACCAAAUCCUCCUCAAGAACCCCCCACCCCAUACUAAACCCAAGAUCCGCUUCAUUCGCUCAUGCUCCUCUCCGCUCUCCCCGACGGUUUUCCACCAGCUCGAAGAAGCAUAUGACGCUCCAGUCCUAGAAGCCUACGCCAUGACUGAAGCCGCUCACCAAAUGACCUCCAACCCUCUGCCUCCUGCAAAACGCCAACCUGGCUCCGUGGGUAUUGGCCAAGGAGUCGAAAUUCGUAUCCUGGACCAAUCUGGCAAGGAAGUUGCUCAGGGCUCCGAAGCCGAAAUCUGCAUCCGCGGCGAGAACGUCACAAAAGGGUACCUCAACAACCCUGAAGCGAACAAAUCCUCCUUUACGGCCGACGGAUUCUUCAGAACCGGCGAUCAAGGCAAGAAAGACAAGGACGGGUACGUGAUUAUCACCGGCCGGAUCAAGGAGUUGAUCAACAAGGGCGGAGAGAAGAUCUCGCCUAUUGAACUUGACAAUGUCUUGGCGAGACAUCCGAAGGUGGGAGAGGCGGUUAGUUUUGCGAUCCCGGAUGAGAUGUACGGGCAAGAGGUCGCGGUCGCUAUUGUGCCGAAGACCGGGGAGAAGAUUUCGGAGCAGGAGCUGAAGGAGUGGGUUGCGGAUAAAUUGGCGAAGUUCAAGGUGCCGAAGAAGGUCUACUUCACUGAUAACAUGCCCAAGACCGCAACGGGUAAAGUCCAGCGCCGCAUCGUAGCCGAGAUAAUGAUGAAGCAAGACACGCCAAAGGCUAAGCUUUAA